AAUACAGAUAAAUUAUAUGUAUAAUACUUCAGUAGAUUGUUUAGUUUAGUUGUGAUUUUUAGUCGAAAAAUUUUGGAAGAUGGCGAUUAUAAAAGAUAUGAUGAUACUUCUAACACUUUGGCUGUCAGUUAAUUUGGCCAUGUGUAGAGAAAAUCUAGACGACGGACACGAGAAGAUUUUGCAUCACGUUUUAAGGAAGUUUCACAAACGCCACAUUUGCCAAGAGCUAUGUUCAUCAGGUUUAGGAGGACAUUCGUGCGGAAGAGAUUGUUUAGAUGUUUUUCAACAAAUAUAUAAUAUGCAGCAGUCUACAUCUAACAAUUUAACUGAAAGUCAUAAUGAUAAUAACGUACCUAGAAGCGAUAUGUGCCCUGUUCUUUGUAAAUACCACUUGGGGAAACCAUUGUGCGUAUGUUCAAAAGUGCAACAUAUUGUUCCGUCGAAAGCUAUUGAUUUUUUGGAAAUUUGCAGUGAAUUUUGCAAUACAUACAACUACAGAAUCUCUGGUUGCCAAAAAUGCAGCAUUUAUCAAGACAUAACUCCACCUAGAAAGUCAGCUUCAGGUCUACCAGAUCUAGAUCCAGAUGACAUAGAUUGGAAUGAGUGGUGCACUUUGAAAUGUAGAGAAGGUGACGGUGGAGCUGCUUGUGCUUGUGACCGAGGGCCUUUCGGAUUAGUAUCUUAAGAAUGCAAUAUCAAUAUAAAAACAAAAACAAUUGAAGCGUUUAUUUGAAAAAUAACAAUUUUGUCCAAAAAUUAAAAUUUUGGAAAAUAAAGAAAAACCCAAUUCA